GCUCACGCGUCCGUUGUCCGGCCUCCGGUCACGUGACAGCAGCGCAGGUGAGCGCCGCUUCCGGGGUCGGGCGCCUUGAUCGCGGCCGGCUGGGGUUUCCACUCGGUCGGUUGCGCGGGAGACUAUGGCGUCCUCCUCUGUCCCACCGGCCACCGUACCGGCGGCGACAGCAGGCCCCGGCACAGGUUUCGGCUUCGCCUCCAAAACCAAGAAGAAGCAUUUCGUGCAGCAGAAGGUGAAGGUGUUCCGGGCGGCAGACCCACUGGUGGGUGUGUUCCUGUGGGGCGUAGCCCACUCGGUGAGAACCGGUCCUAGACCCCCGCAGCCCUGUCCAAAGCCCUCUGCUCCGAGACGUCCCGGUUUCCAGGUUCCAGCCUCCGGAGCCCCACGCGCUGCCACUCCCCUCCCCCGAGCUGCCUUGGUCCUUGUCCAGGAACCCCCAGGUGUUCCCCCAGCAGGUUUUCUGAUUGCGGACUUUUUUCUCUUCAUCAGCCCUUUACUGCUCCACUCUAGUUCCACCUUUCCCCCUGAAAUCCAGCUCCCUAGGUACAGCAUUUCAGAGAAACUACCCCACCCUGAGCUAGAAGUUGCAGUCUCUCAGGACUUAUGUAUAUAUGCCUUUGGUCAUAACUGCAUCCUCACGCUGGCUGGAGCGAUCGGUUUUGGUUGUCUGAAGGAACUUUCUAAACUACCAAAUGUAUAUAAAUGUAAUAUUGUUUGUUUUCUUACUUUGAAAAACCUGAAUUUCAGGGAGAAUCUACCCAGUCAUUUCAAGUUCAAGGAGUAUUGUCCCCAGGUCUUCAGGAACCUCCGUGAUCGAUUUGGCAUUGAUGACCAAGAUUACUUGGUGUCCCUUACCCGAAACCCCCCCAGCAAAAGUGAAGGCAGCGAUGGUCGCUUCCUUAUCUCCUACGAUCGGACUCUGGUCAUCAAAGAAGUAUCCAGUGAAGACAUUGCUGACAUGCAUAGCAACCUCUCCAACUAUCAUCAGUACAUUGUGAAGUGCCAUGGCAACACGCUUCUGCCCCAGUUCCUGGGGAUGUACCGAGUCAGUGUGGACAAUGAAGACAGCUACAUGCUUGUGAUGCGCAAUAUGUUUAGCCACCGUCUUCCUGUGCACAGGAAGUAUGACCUCAAGGGUUCCCUAGUGUCCCGGGAAGCCAGCGACAAGGAAAAGGUUAAAGAAUUGCCCACGCUUAAGGAUAUGGACUUUCUCAGCAAGAACCAGAAAGUAUAUAUUGGUGAAGAGGAGAAGAAAAUAUUUCUGGAGAAGCUAAAGAGAGAUGUGGAGUUUCUAGUGCAGCUGAAGAUCAUGGACUACAGCCUUCUGCUGGGCAUCCACGACAUCAUUCGGGGCUCUGAACCAGAGGAGGAGGGGCCCACGCGGGAGGAUGAGUCAGAGGUGGAUGGGGACUGCAGUCUCACUGGACCUCCUGCUCUGGUGGGCUCCUACGGCACCUCCCCAGAGGGUAUCGGAGGCUACAUCCAUUCCCAUCGGCCCCUGGGCCCAGGAGAGUUUGAGUCUUUCAUUGAUGUCUACGCCAUCCGGAGUGCUGAAGGAGCCCCCCAGAAGGAGGUCUAUUUCAUGGGCCUCAUUGACAUCCUUACACAGUAUGAUGCCAAAAAGAAAGCAGCUCAUGCAGCUAAAACUGUCAAGCAUGGGGCUGGGGCAGAGAUCUCUACUGUCCAUCCGGAGCAGUAUGCUAAGCGAUUUCUGGAUUUUAUUACCAACAUCUUUGCCUAAGAGGCUGCCUGACUCUCCCUGAUGUUCAAGGUGGUAGGGUUCUGAGAGGCUGGGGGGAAUUGUGGAUAUUCUAGCCACCACAUCUCUUCUUCUUUUGCUAAAUUCAGGCUGCAGGCUCCUUCCAUCCAGAUAACUCCAUCCUGUUUAGUAGGCUUCUGACCCUCAGAAAUACAUUAUCCUUUCUCCCCUUUGCCCAUUUUUCUCCCCUCUCUCCCUCCCCCCAAGAAGUCUGCUUGUAUUAUUAGAAUGUUAUUGUUGAUUCUCUCCCAAGUGCCUUGAUCUUUGUAAAAUCUCCUGUUGUUUCUAUGAUAUAGGAGCUGGGGGAAGGGGGUUGUUUGCCAUCUUCAGGACCUGACUGGACAGAUGGACCUGGCUCAAGCAACUACUCUGGAUGCACUUUGCUGUGUGGGAUGAACUAAAAGUGUCUGAAUUUUGCUGAUAA